GGUUUCAGCCCCUAUUUUACACGCACAUCACACAGUUACCCUCUGCACCUUUCUCUGCUGCCCAAAAGCCACCCAGAGAAAUAAAGUACCCACAAUCGAUCAACCUAACCAUUUCUGAAGAACAGCGGAUUUUUCUUCAUGACUUACGCCGCAAGGAUUUUCCAUCACUCUAAGAAGCUUAGACAUACCCACUAUGUCACACAAAAAGAUCAUGCAAUUUUUGUACGCUGGUUCACCAAUUAUGCCAGGCCAUCCGCUGAUAAACUAGAUGAUAUUUCAAGGUCCAGCCAACAUGGUUUUGGACCUGGAGGCAAGCAUGGCAUUUCAAAGUUAUCCAGCGAGGGUUGUGUUAGUCCCAGUCACCUAUCAGUGAAUCCUCGAAUGAUGUCAACUCUGAGAAUGGAUAAGAGAAAUGCCUUUUGGACUGCCAGAGGGGUGCAUUCUCCAGCAAUAGGAAUGGUGUAUAAAAGCCAACAGCAAACUUCGAGCAGAGGCUUUUCUACUUCAGGGCUGCCACCACACCAAGAGAUUGGGAUGCCUUCUCUGUCACCUACAAUGACUGAGGGAAAUAUUGCAAGGUGGUUGAAGAAAGAGGGCGAUAAAGUCGCUCCUGGAGAAGUACUUUGUGAAGUGGAAACUGAUAAAGCAACAGUUGAAAUGGAAUGCAUGGAGGAAGGAUAUCUGGCAAAAAUUGUGUGUGGUGAUGGAGCAAGCGGGAUUAAAGUUGGUGAGGUUAUUGCCAUAACUGUCGAAGAAGAGGAGGAUGCCGUGAAGUUUAAGGACUACUCUCCUUCAACAUCAGAUGCUGCACCUUCAACCGAAGCGCCAUCUGCUCCAACUCCACCAAAAAAAGAGGUUUCAGAAUUGCCUGCUUCUUCACCAGAGCCUAAAGUUUCCAAGCCCAGCCAACCAUCUCCAGCUGGCGAUCGCAUUUUUGCUAGUCCUCUUGCCAGGAAGUUUGCCGAAGAUCACAAUGUAUCUCUUUCAAACAUAAAAGGUACUGGUCCUGAUGGCCGCAUUGUGAAGGCUGAUAUUGAAGAUUAUCUUGCUUCAGGUGUUAAGGAAGUUUCACGACCUGUGAAAGUUGACACAACCACCUCUUCUGCUAUAGAUUACACCGACAUUCCACACACGCAAAUUAGAAAGGUGACAGCAUCUCGGUUAUUGCAAUCAAAACAAACCAUUCCGCACUAUUACCUAACUGUAGAUACACGCGUGGACAAGCUUAUGGAAUUACGUGGGAAACUGAAUUCACUACAAGAAGCAUCAGGUGGUAAAAGGAUAUCUGUCAAUGAUCUAGUGAUUAAGGCUGCUGCCUUGGCUCUUAAAAAAGUUCCUCAGUGUAACAGUUCAUGGACAAAUGAUUCUAUUCGCCAGUAUCACAAUGUGAAUAUUAAUGUUGCUGUGCAAACAGAAAACGGAUUAUAUGUGCCUGUUAUAAAGGAUGCCGACAAAAAAGGUUUAUCGAAAAUUGGGGAUGAAGUUAAGCAUUUAGCUCAAAAGGCAAAGGAAAACAGCUUGAAACCUGAAGAUUACGAGGGCGGUACGUUCACUGUUUCCAACUUGGGAGGACCUUUUGGCAUCAAGCAAUUUUGUGCCAUCAUUAAUCCACCCCAAUCAGGCAUUUUAGCUGUUGGCUCAGCUGAAAGGAGGGUGAUACCUGGUGCGGGCCCUGAACUGUAUGAUUUUGCUUCGUUCAUGACCGUGACAUUAAGUUGUGACCAUCGUGUUAUUGAUGGUGCAAUUGGAGCAGAGUGGCUGAAGGCCUUCAAAGGCUACAUUGAGAAUCCAGAGUCGAUGUUGCUGUAAACUGGUUUUAUUACGUUCCAAAGUUUGUCAAAAUUCUUGCUGUUUUAACCACCAACUCACAUGAAGAUGGGAUGCGAUGAGUAGGUGUUUUCGAGUUUAUCUAUGCCUGUUUUUGUAUCUAUAUUCUUCCUUUUUUUCCGCCGCGGAAACUAGUCCUUGAGAAUAGCAACAUUUUUCUUCCGAAUAAAUCUGUGCUCGUGUAGAGAGAGUCUAGAAGACCUCAUCUUCUCAGCAUGAAAAAAAAGUUUUACAUGCCCAACAUUUUUCUCUGCCAUUAUAAAAUAACACAUUUGUUGAACCAAAAAUCGGAAGUUGACUACAUUAGUAUCAAGUUAUUUUUGAUUUUUCUUUUUGUUGCUCAGCUAAAUACGAAUGUCGUCAUCAUAGUGUAAUUUAAUUUAUACUACAGAUUGCAGCAAUUGUGUUCUUGAUAAUAAAUUCCGAAUUGAGGAGGGGUAUUA